AUGUGCCAUGAACUUCAAAAAAAACUCGAAGAACUUCGCGCCCGCAAUUGGAUUGAGGAAACCCCAGUGAUACAAAAGAAAAGAGUCCCCAAAACAGCUAAAAAUAACAGAAAGCCUGCAGCGACUAGUCGCCUUCGUGAUCUUAUAGCUGCAGCAAGAAAAGCAAAGAAAAAUGAAGAUCCUCCAACAGUACCAGGGGAAGAAGAUCCAACAGCAGCAGCGCAGAAGAACCUGCUUUAA